ACUGCUGCGCACCGUGCCGAAAAUGCAAACUGUGUGAAAUGGAGCAGAACACAUCAGAAGUGAACUUAUUGAAUCAAGAGAAAAAUAUGAAGAAAGAAGAAUCGUGGUUCUUAGACACGAAUCAUCAACAGCAGUCACAAAACCCAAUCUUCUAUUAUAAAUGUGAUAAUAACAUGGUAUUAACAGAUGAUAUAAAUGAAUUAUCAACAAAUACAAAGUGGUGGAAAGAUGUAUCUUCUGAUAAUAUAAGAUUAACAUCAGAAUCUGAAAAAAUAUUUGUGGAAACUUAUUCAUUAAUAGAACACACUACAGAUUCACAGUCAUCAGAUAUAUCGCAAGAUCCAUUUUCAGUAAAUAGUGAAGACUCUGAAAAAAGUUUGAUUAAAUUUAAACAAGGAAAGAAAGCAAAAUCAUUAAGGAAACAUCAAGAAUCUAUAAAACGUACAAAGCAUCCUGAAAACUGGAAAGUAAAUGUAAAGAAAAAUGCUAGAUUAAAAGGGGAAGAAUACAUCGGUGUUGGAGGCAAGAUAGUGGCAGCUAAGAAGAUGGGUCGUCCUUGUGUCUGUCGUAUGCAAUGCACAAAUAAAAUAGAUGAAAAGGAACGUGAAGAGUUGCACAAGGUCUUUUGGAAAACAUAUACAUGGCAACAGCGAAAGCAGUAUAUUGCACUCUCUGUCAAAGAGUCCCCGAAACAGCGUACUCGUUUGCGCAAUGUUCAGUCUGAGCAUUCUUCAAGACGUCGGCAAGUGACCUUUACUUAUUCCCUAAUGUUGAAGGGCAAAUUUAUCACUGUCUGCAAGUCUAUGUUUCUUAGCACAUUUGCUGUGUCGGAGAAAUUUGUGCGACACGUAAUGGAGAAGAAACGAAUAUCGCCAGGUGGGAUCAUCGGUCCAGACCAAAGAGGCAGACAUACACCAAAAACUAAAAAAAGUGAGGAUGUAAAAGAUCGAGUGCGCGAACACAUUAAGUCAUUUCCAACGGAGAAAUCAACGGAUCUUAAAGAUUGCAGUGGUAGACAGUACCUGGAUUCAAGUUUAAGUAUUGCAGCAAUGCAUAAAUCCUAUGUGUUGAAGUGCAAACAGGAGGGUGUUUCUGAAAAUGAUAUAGUGAAAGAGAGUUACUAUAGAGAAAUGUUUAAAACGGAGUUCAAUCUUGGAUUUAAACGUGUACAAAGCAAGGAAAAGAAAUUGCUAUCAAACAUUGAUAUUGUUGAACUAAACAUUGAUAUGUCGAGACAAAUAGUACAAGAAUAGUACAGAUUAGUUGUCCGAUUAUGGAAAAAAAUACAGUUAUGGUGCAUCCUGUAAGAAAGUUGAAAGAAAGAUGUACAUGGAUUGAAAGGAAAUGGGAGUUAUAUUGUUAUAUAUAAAUUC